AAUUUUAAAAAAGCCCGCCCGUGUUGGCAGCGCACCAAUCGCAACAACUAUUCGAACAUUUGCCUAUCGUAACGCUUCUAACAGUCAUCACGUGUUCACAGUCUCACGUUUCUACAAGUUUCUACAAUCUUUUACGGUACACAAGUAAUAUUUAUAAUUCACAUUUUUAUUGCACUUUGGUGAUAAAUAAAAAGAAUAAAACAACAAUAAUUGUGAUCAUCUGAAAAAAACAAGGUGCAUGUAUCUCUUAUCUCGGUCAUGGUGAAAUAAGUGAAGAGAAGCGUGGAAAUACCAUUACUACUAAAACCCCUAUGGAAAUACGAGCUUGCUGUUUUCGAAAUUUUCAGUCGUUAAACGAUAAACCUAAGAGAGACGAGGGGAACCUAACAGAAAGAAGAAACACACUCUGAGAGGAUGCAUACUUCUUUGAAAUAACUUGAUUCCCUUAAAAGGUUCUUCAAGGAAUGAUAACCAAAAGACCGAGAAUCGUCUUAAAGGCGUUUCUUCUUACCAAGAUAGAAGGUUUUACAAAAAGGGGAGGAUUUUUUCUAAGGGACAAACCGCUUGCUUCUGAGGUAUUAACAAAUUAUCUAUUACAAACGAAGGAACCACCAUGGACUUCGUAUUUUGUUAAAUACGCUGAUGUGGUGAACGAUCAGAGAGGCAUGUCACACUUCAAUUGGUUUCUGGGUAAUAGUAAUUAUCAUGUAUUGAGAACUGGCUGUUUUCCAUAUAUCAAAUAUCACUGCACAAAACGACCAAAGCAGGACCUAAGUACCGACGACAAAUUCUUCAAGGCAAUCAAGAUACUUAACCUUGGUAUCCCUACUUUGAUGUACGGAUUAGCUGCAACUUUUUUGAUACGACAUCAAGAGACUGUAAAAACGUCACGAGGAAAUAUCACCAUUUACUUUUUAUUACCGGAAGAUAAAGGUUCAUUAUACUGAUACGAAUCAUUCAAACAUUUUCGUACAUCUAUGCGUUAACAAUAAUCUAAAUAAAUUCACGUAUGUAUUUGUGUAUGAUAUUAAAUAUAAUGUGAUAAUAUAAUAUA